AUGGCUUCAGAAGAAUACCCUACAAGCGUCUCUGGCGGAUGUCUCUGUGGCUCGGUUCGCUACAGGCUGAGAUUUCCAUCUGGCCAUGACUGGAAGAGAAGCUGCUCAACUUGCCAAUGCUCCCAGUGCCGUAAGAAUGGUGGCUCCCUCAUUGCAUGGCUUCAUUCAGUCCCUGCUUCCAGCGUAGAGUUCACCUCUCAGACGACGCUAUCGCGGUACCGCGCCUCACCGGAAGCAGCACGGGGCUUCUGUUCCAGUUGCGGCAGCUGGCUCUUCUGGCGCAAUGAAAAGUCGGAAAAGAUUAGCAUGUCUGUUGGGACGUUUGACAAAGACGACCUGAAAAUUUGGGGCCGGCAGUUAUCCUAUUCGGAGGUCCAUCUUUGGUCCGAGGAUGCGAUCGAGGGUAUCACGGAUCAUUUGCCCGGUGAGAAAUGGAAGUAUGAUGAUCAAGGAGAGGGGGCUGAGAGGAAAGCAUGA